AUGAUGCCACUGGGACACCUGGCCCUGGUUCUGCGAUGCUGGGAGCGCGAGGGGGCUCGGCGGUUGUCAGGCAGCUGCUGCCUGCACACAGAGAGCGACUGCAGCUUUGGCGCCCAGGCGGCGGGGAAUGGUCUGGGUGGCCUCUGGAAUGCGUGCGCGCCAGGCCUGAGGACCCCCCGGGUGGUGCCACCUGCCCCGCUGCUGGGUGCCUCCCUGCGCCUGCGCCGGCGCUGGGUCUUCGCGAGGGCGGAGCUGCGUUCUCCUCAGCACAGACCUGGAGAGCAUCGCGAGGGCGGAGCUGAGUUCUCUGCACAGACUUCGGAGAUACAGCGAAGGCGGAGCGGUGUUCUCCUCAGCACAGACCCGGGCGGGCGGGCCUGGGGCACCGCGAGGGCGGAGCUGCUUUCUGCUCAGCACAGACCUGGAGAGCAUCGCGAGGACGGAGCUGAGUUCUCUGCACAGACUUCGGAGAUACAGCGAAGGCGGAGCAGUGUUCUCCUCAGCACAGAUCUGGGCGGGCGGGCCUGGGGCACCGCGAGGGCGGAGCUGCUUUCUGCUCAGCACAGACCUUGGGGGCACUGCCUCGCUUUGGGACAACUCGGGGCCGCAUCGACGAAAAAUCCAAACAUGUCUUCUGAAGCUGACACUAAACACAUCAAGAACUAAGGCAAUGGAUGGAAACUAUCUGAAUUCAAAUCCCAGCUCAGGCUCUUACCACCUGGGUGACCU